AAAUGCAGUGAGUUGCAGCUAUUUUACUUGAUUUGUCUAUUUCAAAUUGAAUAUGGUGAGAUUGCUUCAAGCAUUCCAAAUGACUAAUAUAGACUUUCAGAAGCUCCUGUAAAACAUUUUGAGCUGAAUAAUUGCCUACUAUUGAAAAAUAUUCCAUUAAAACCUUUAAGAGGGUCGUGCAGCCCCUACACCGUCCAGGUGUAAUCGCUUCACACCUUGCGGCCUGCAGACGUCUGAAGUUGUGGGCCGAUGCAGUGCCAGUCGAGGCUGAUGGCUCAACCAUUCACACAUCCCCGGCCCCAUCAUCUUUGAUCUCCGGGUAUAAAAGUAGCACCAGUUCUCAUGCUCUUUAUUCAGUCACUGGGAAUUAGAGCAACGGCAUCAUGUCUGCAGUCCACGGUAAUCUACGAGUUGGAGAUCUGAACACCUUUCAGAUGUAUCACGAAGGGCCACUGACGUUGAACGCUUUGGUAACCUCAGAUUAUGGAGCACCUGAUGCUGCAAACUUUUUCAACAAUACAGAAUCGGUACCAAGGACAGAUAAGUGCGUGGCAAUCCUGACGCAUAGGAGGAAAAGAACAAACUUUACACCGCAACAAAUUGAAGUGUUGGAGAAAGUGUACUCGGACACCAAAUAUCCUGACAUCUACCUCCGAGAGCGACUUGAGGCUUUGACGGGCCUGCCAGAGUCCAGAAUCCAGGUUUGGUUCCAAAACAGAAGAGCAAAGUCUCGUCGUCAAGUUGGAUCUUCGGUGUCCACUAACAAAGCCACUCCCACAGCAAGCCAUUUCAGCCAAAUUCCUGAAGUUAGUAGUCACAAUGCUGAGCAACACAGGACAGGCUUUGGCCUUGAUGAAAAUUUCAGACCUAAAAUGUUCCAGAAGUCAGAGGACACCCACAUGGCAACUCUACCCACCAAAACUAACACCUAUGAGAACCCACCCACAUCUUGUCUAUAUGACAAAGAUGCCAACAGGCUGAAGCAAGAGCAGAUGCCAAGACCUGAGCUCAGUGUCAAUGUGCCAUGUUACAGCGUCCACCUUUACCUCAAAGGAAACCAGACUCCACCUAAAACCAGCAUGACAAACACCACCCAGGCCAGGCAACUAGUGGACUAUGACAACUUUCCACCGAAUAAGACCAUUGGGCCAGAGAUGAAGGUUGUAAUCCCAUCCAUUCCAAUGCAGAACAACUUCAGCAGGUCGCCACCAAAGGACACUGGAUGUUCCCUGCAGUAUUCUCAAAUCAGACCCAGUGGAAUCAAUCAUUUUUCCCCUGUCCAUCCUACUGAGGGCAAGGACUUUUCUGACUCGGAUUCAGAUUGGGAAAAUGAGGCCAUCAUUGGCUUUAGUGGCUUUAUGUGAUGUACAGUUCAAUUGUAAAUAUCUCCACAGCAUGGCUGUAUAAAGAAACAUGUAUUAUACUGCCAAGCUUGUAUGCAGAUAUCGAGCCUAUAUUUAUUGUCAAUAAUUUUUUCCACAAAUUCUCAAUUGUAAAUUGUAAAUAAAGAUUCAUAAGUAAAAACAUAA